ACUUACGUCAACCCCGUUGCUUUAUGAAAGGCGAAGUCCCUCCAUGAGCAGAGGACCUGUUUAAAACCCCCAGUCUGUGGAAGAGAAGGACCUAGUUACGGAAGACCCGGCUCAGAGACUCUUCACCGCAGUCCGCUCGGCUCGACUUACCUUCCGGCUACAAGUCCAGGCUAUCGACACCGCCUCCUCGUGCUCACACCGCUCCAACAACACAAAACCACGGGGACGAGCCGACGGACGUGACCGAGAGUGGAAGUGGGCUCCUUCUCUUCAUCAGGCAGAUGCUCCCAGCCGCCCAGCUUGAAAGGAGUGAUGGGAUGUGUCAACUAGCAGAUGAGGCCGCCCUGGAUGAUGUAAUUGGACUGAAGGAUUCAUCUGCAGCGUUCACACCAGAAAGAGACAGAGGAGGGACAGAGGAGGAGCAGGAGGACAUCGCAGACACAAGGAUGGGCGUGGGGAAAAAUACCAAUUCCAAGUCGAUGGACGGUAACAGUGAGGGAGGAAAAUUUGAAGAGGAGAGCAAGCAUGGCGCGGAUUUCUACCCUAUUCCGGUGGUGGUAAACGGCGUGGGCGGUGCCAGCGGAGACCAGGAUACUGAGAACACAGAGCUGAUGGCCAUCUAUACUAAAGAGAAUCAAGGGGCAGAAAAGAGCUCAAUGUCUGAGACUUUGGACAGCACAGACAGCAUGGACGCAAGGAGGAUGGACAUGAUCUAUACCAUUGAAGACACCCCACCCUGGUACCUGUGUGUGCUCUUGGGCUUACAGCACUAUUUGACGUGUUUCAGUGGAACCAUCGCCGUGCCGUUCCUCCUCGCCGAGGCGAUGUGCGUGGGCUUCGAUCAGUGGGCCACCAGUCAGCUCAUUGGGACCAUCUUCUUCUGUGUGGGGAUCACCACCCUGCUACAAACCACACUGGGCUGCAGGUUGCCUUUGUUCCAGGCCAGCGCAUUCGCCUUCCUCGCACCGGCCAGAGCCAUCCUGUCACUGGACAAAUGGAAGUGUAAUAGCACCGAGGUUCAAGUAUUCAACAGCACGGAGCUCCUCAACACAGAGCACAUCUGGCACCCCAGGAUACGAGAGAUCCAAGGGGCCAUCAUCGUGUCGUCCCUGGUCGAGGUGUGUAUCGGAGCGCUGGGUCUGCCCGGGCUCCUGCUGAAGUACAUUGGACCUCUGACCAUCACCCCCACCGUGACCCUCAUCGGCCUGUCUGGUUUCCAGGCCGCGGGGGAGAGGGCUGGAAAACACUGGGGCAUUGCUAUGCUGACUAUCUUCUUGGUGCUGCUCUUCUCUCAGUAUGCCAGAAACGUUCACUUCCCUCUGCCGGUCUACAAAGCCAAGAAAGGCUGGACUUCCUACAGGCUGCAGGUCUUCAAGAUGUUUCCUAUCAUCAUGGCCAUCCUGGUGUCAUGGCUGCUGUGUUUCAUUUUCACUGUAACUGACGUUUUCCCGCCGGAGGUAGACAAGUACGGCUUCUACGCCCGAACAGACGCACGUCAAGGAAUCGUCGCAGCUGCACCCUGGUUUAAGAUCCCAUAUCCCUUCCAGUGGGGCUUUCCUACGGUUACAGCUGCAGGUGUGAUCGGCAUGAUGAGCGCGGUGGUGGCCAGCAUCAUCGAAUCCAUCGGAGACUACUACGCCUGCGCUCGUCUCUCCUGCGCUCCUCCACCUCCAAUCCAUGCCAUCAACAGGGGGAUAUUUGUAGAAGGUAUUUCCUGUGUGCUGGACGGUCUUUUUGGGACAGGAAAUGGCUCCACCUCCUCCAGUCCAAAUAUAGGCGUCCUGGGAAUCACAAAGGUGGGCAGCCGACGUGUGAUUCAGUACGGAGCCGCCAUGAUGCUGCUGCUGGGGCUCAUUGGUAAAUUCAGCGCCCUGUUUGCCUCUCUGCCUGACCCCGUGCUGGGAGCUCUGUUCUGCACCCUGUUUGGAAUGAUCACCGCAGUGGGACUCUCCAACCUGCAGUUUGUCGACCUCAACUCCUCCAGGAACCUCUUUGUUCUGGGUUUCUCCAUCUUCUUCGGUCUGAUGCUGCCGAGCUACCUCAAACAGAACCCGCUAGUCACCGGCAUAGUGGGGAUUGAUCAAGUAUUGAACGUGCUCCUCACCACUGCCAUGUUUGUCGGAGGCUCUGUCGCCUUCGUUUUGGACAAUACCAUCCCUGGCACCCUUGAAGAACGAGGCGUCAAGAAGCUGAAACUUGGCACUGGUCUCAGUGCAGCAGAACUGGAGGGGAUGAGAUCCUACGAUCUGCCGUUUGGAAUGGAUUUCAUCCGCAGACACCCCGUCUUCAAGUACAUCCCCAUCAGCCCCACCUUCCAAGGCUACCAGUGGGGGAGAAUACAGGAAGUCUGCAGGAGCAGACUGGGACAUGGGGACAGGGUGAAGGGGGGAGGAGUGGUAGGAGAGGGAGGCGCAGCAGCGGGGGAGAGUCGGGUAUAGCCGACGCGGUGGUGCUGCAAGAUCUUAAAUGUGGAUGAAUUUGGGGAGCAAGGGAUGGUACACUAAGAUAAAAGGAUGGAAGAGUGGAGGACAGAAACGUUGCAGGAUUCAGGGUUGAGUUGAAGAAAAUGUGUGAUGCACCAACGCCCCCCCCAAUCAGUACUUCAGUAUUUUCUUUAGCUCGUGUCAGUCUUUACACCCUUCCUACUAUGUUAUUUGAAGCAUGCUAUAGCAAGUCACAGCAUGCUAUAAAAGACGUCACCACGCGGAGGUUAGUUGGUGUGUGUGCAUGUGUGUUUGCAGCCAUAGAAUAACGGGUUUGUGCAUAAAUCAAUGUGCACUUUAAUCUAGAUGGAGACCGAUAGACGUCAAACAAUCGAAGCUGAAUGUUUGAUGAUAAUUUACUAAUGUAUACUGCCCAACUUAAGAAAAAAAGAUAUUCUCUUUUCGUAGAUGUGAUUCUAUCAAUCAAGGAUUAUGCAAAAUUUCUGUUGCGGAUCAUUUGCCACUUCACUCGUUAUGCAACCACAUUGGAGACGCACACACCAACAGCCUCACCAGAACUAGCUUGAGCGCCACAAUGCACAUCGGGGGUCAUGCAAAUUGAUGGAAGUGGUUUGUUAGGUGCCAUUAGCCAUGCAAAGUGAUUGUGAAAUUUCAUUUUAUUGCACUAUCUGCCUCCGGAGUUCAAAAGCAGAAUGUCACUCUGCAGCUCGCGCCCCCAACUCUUUAGUGAAAACUCCUCGAACCCGUUUAGCAGCUCAUCCCAUCCGCUCAUCUCACUCUCAAGAAACUCGCAUCCCCAUUUUUCUUCUCUCUUCCCCGAGAUCUCCAGUGUAACAAACCGGUUUACAGCCCCUUAACGUGUCAGUAUUAUGCAUCAGUUACUAACGAGCCUUUUCCUGGACACACCAUUAUCUCAUUUAUUUGUUGAAUGGAACUAAAUCAUUAUUUUGUAUAUAACCUUGAUUUGCUUAUUUUACGUUUCCUCGAACAGACGAAGGCACUGUUCAAAGCGGGCCUGUUCGGAAUGGGCCGACUGCUCGGCCUUUGGUUUUGCUGCUUGAAGCUGUCUGGAGUACGGCUCAUCCAAACAUCUUCACACUCGACACUGUGCUUCUGUAGCAAGGUGUACCCAGCAUGCAGUGACCAUUCCAAUACCCAUACCACCACACUAUUAUUAUGCCAGGAAAAGAUUUAGUAUGUCCCGAUACUUGGUAUCUCAAAUGCAGUAUGCAAAAAACACCAGGAUGACUUACUGCAUCCGGUCACAUUUUGCAGUAUGCAAUACUAGAAAGGCGAUGUAUCAGUUAAUAAGGGUCGCCUCUCAACAUACACUACACUAUGUAAAUAACAACUUUCUACUAAAUGCAUACCAUCGAUCUUAAGAGCUCUCACUCGGCACUGCAGUUCCCCCGGUCCUCAGAAAAGCACCCAGAAAGUGUGAAGUCGAUCAGAUGAAAGGUUGCUGAGGAAAUCUGAGGACAGACAGACUGGGACUCCUCCCAUUUUGGUUAGACGCUGUGAUGACAGCAGUCGCGUUAAUGGCACACAGUAACUGGCCUCGUCAGAGAGACUCGGAUCCUUUCUGUGGAGCUUCUCUCACCUGUGUCACUUGUGCUCUGCUUGUAGCAGUAAUGUGUGUUUAAUGUAGGACCUCCACAUAAAUGAAACGCCCCUGCCACUCUCCAAACCCACUCCAUCAGUGCGUUCAGUUAGAUAUUACAUGACUUUACUAAGAAGUAAAGGUGGUGGGUUUUGUCUGGGUUUGAGAGUAUUUAAGUUUAGUUAUUUUGUUCUCUGAUCCACUCACAGGCGAUGCAUAUGUCAUUAAUAAUUCUCACUUAUUUAACAAUGUUGAUUAAUUCCUUUACAUUCCUCCGCCUCCGAUUCUCGGCCACUCGUUCCCCUCCCGCUCUCACCCCUCUUUAAUUAACUGCUGUUGUUUGUAACUGUCCAUGUCUGUUGUAGUUCAGGCGGACAUUUAGCUGAGCGACUGAGAGCGUCAGCAGCCUGACAUGUGCACAGGUGUGACCCUGAAGAGCGAGUCUCUAAUUUGACCUCACUGUGUGCCUCUGGUGUUUUCAAUUAGAAAACAGCAAUUUUAAAUAAAAAAAACACCAUGAAGAAAAGGUUGCAACAGUAUAAUAUUGGUAAAUGUCUAUGUAAAAAGUAGCACAGUAGAGAAAAGUAACGGCUAAAAGAAUACUGCUAAAUAUAUAGCCAGCUGAGAUUUUUUACUAAACCAAAAUGCUCAAAAGUUCUUUAUUUUUAUUUCCUCUUAUUGAUCCGUUACAACUUAACAAACGCAUUGGAAUUUGUCACUAUUAAGAAACUUAAAAAAAAAAAAGUUCAUCUCAUAUCCCAAAAUUUCUCGCUUUUUAAUCUCUCUUGUUAAAGCUAUUUAUUUAUUUAUGACCAGGCGAUUAAUGAUUGCUUGCAGGUCUAAGUGUCUCAUUCACAAUGUUGAAAGUAUAUUUAUUAGUUUACUCGUUCAUGCCGUGUAAAGAUCUGUGUGACGACGAUGAUGAUGGACCACCCUCAGCUACAGUCGGUGCUUUUAGGAACUUACCUUGAAACAGCAGCUAUUCUAAAGAGUCAGCGGCUUCUGUGUCAUUCCAUUUAUAUCAUGUUAUUUUUAAAAACGAGAGAAAAACACUGAAAUAAAACAGUUGGGAACUGAAUAGUUUCGUCAAAGUUAAUAAUCAGGGCCUUUUUGCUACAAGUACUGUUUGCACAUGUAAUGGUGCCAAGAACAUAACCUAACAUGUCACUAGAGCUUAUUCAGAUGUAGAAUCUAUAAUCCAUAAGGUAUGAACGUUGUUUUGUUUGAUGACUUGAGGUCAAGUGGCUGAUUGUGAUUGGACAUUUUUGGGCCUUCGUCCGUAAUUGCGUGGUCGGCUGUGGCUCCAUUUAUGACCUCAGCACUCUGUACGUUACCCUUGUGGUUCGGCACAUAAUGCAAACUUUGUGGGAACAAUCAAACUUUUUUUUCUUUUUACCCAGCUGUGGGCGGGUUGUGUCUUCAAAGGUAUUUGAAUGAUGCAAUAGACGUCCACUGUCUGCUAGGAAUGAUAGUGUUUGACCCCAGACACCAGCAAAGUUAAAAUCUUGUAUUUCCACAGACUGGUGCCCGACUCUGCUCUUCUACUGUGCCGGAUGUACGUACUGAACUAGGGGGCCCACCCCUCAGUAUUUAUAUGGAGGCACAGAUUUUAGUCUUUUUCUUGUUGUGAUUCUGGAGUGUUACAGAAACACAGCAGUAAAAAUGUGUGACCCUGUCUAAAUGCUAGGUAGAAACUGAGGGGUAUCAAAAUGUGAUGCAACACCACAGAGUCUGUGGAAAUGUUUGAUUAAAAACAUUGGUCUUAGUAAAUGUUUUAUCCAUCUGUGAUAAGACGUGAUCACAGAGACGCAGUGCUGAGUUCACGAUAGAAGCUCGGACGUUGACCUCGGACGUGUGCACAAACUCUCAAACCUCACCAUCCUCAUCUUAAUGUCGCCAGCUGGACGGCUUGUAGAUAACGAGCAGUGUUACAGGGCAGUCAAUGAUCAGGUCAGAGAGCAGUCGCCUCCUGCAACAUCUUCUCAUAGAGUGGUGAUUGAAUUGAGGUGGUUUGACAGUUUUGUGGCACCUGUUGUAGUGAAUUAUUCAGUACAGUAUGCACACAUAAUAAUCAUGCACAGGACCUGUGUGACCUCGUGGUCUGUGUAGUUCGUUCAUGCAACCAGCACUUACUCCUCCCGUCACAUCCUCUCUCUCCUCUUUCCACACACUCUGUUUGAACCCCUCAGUCCUGCGGUGAAGACUUAUUGGUUUCCUCCCGUGUUUAGUGUACCCGGUUUUCUCCCCAGGAAAUCUUACUGUUGACGUUUCUGGAUGCAGAAGAAGACACCAGCUGGUCACCUUAUUAAGAUCCUGUUGGUCCUCGUCAGCUGAGUGAACCUGCCUUAUCACUUAACGGCAAGACGAACAUGGGAUGCCUUUUGCACCUAAAGGCAGCCUCCUCUUGCUUUUAGCUGUUACCUCUUAGUUUUAGCCGUACUUUAUUAUUUUAGGAUCCUAUAAACAUGCAUAUGUGUUUCUCACAUAGUUGUUACAGUAACAAACAAUUCACAAGCACAGAAUCUCCUCCUCGAUUUACAUACAAGCCUGGUUAACCAGCAGCUCUUAAGAAGGUGGCCACAAGGUGUGUGACACACAGACAAUAAUCCCUUUCAGUUAUUUUGAAGGGGGUGCUACCUGAAGAAUAUACUAUUGUGUGUUUUAUCUUUUUCAAUGUUGUUGUUUUUUUUUAUACAUUUUUAUGUUGUUGUUUUUUUCAAGCAAAUAUUUGUAAGAAAGAAAUUAUAACUUUUAAUCAUAAACCAUGCUGGAAAUCGCA